ACGCACACGCUCCCCGCGGCGAGGGGAGGGCGCCGGGGAUCGCAGCCCAGGUGCCAGCGCCUCCUCGCCCCGCCGGCCACUGCUGGGCGGCCGCGGCGCAGCAGCGCCGGUCCCCGGGGCACCGAGAGCCUGCUCUGGGACGGCGGGGUGGGGGAGAGCCGAGGAGCGGAGCUGCCGGAUCCUCGCCCUGCGGAGCCCCCAGGAUUACAAGGAAUUGCGUGCUCCUUCCCAGACGUGAGCGAGGGUUAUACCAAAGAGCCAACCUCCUUCGCGCCCCGCUGUCCAAAUUAAUCCCUUGGACCCUUGAGAAGACAGGGGGUUUUUCGGAGCCAUGGCAUCGACAGAAGGUGCCAACAAUAUGCCUAAGCAAGUAGAAGUCCGGAUGCAUGAAAGUCACUUAAAUCCAGUGGAGCACAGAUCCAAGAACUUAUGUGUGCAGUUCUGCCAGUCCCUCCACAGGAAUCUGCUCCUGACUCUUACUGUGUUUGGUGUUAUCCUGGGUGCGGUGUGUGGGGGUCUUCUUCGUCUAGCAACACCUAUUGACCCUGAUAUCAUCAUGUUAAUAGCCUUCCCGGGAGAUAUACUUAUGCGGAUGCUAAAAAUGCUGAUCCUCCCUUUAAUUAUCUCCAGUUUAAUCACAGGACUGUCUGGAUUAGAUGCUAAAGCAAGUGGCCGCCUGGGGACAAGAGCUAUGGUCUACUACAUGUCCACCACAAUUAUUGCUGCUGUGCUGGGUGUGAUUCUGGUUUUAGCCAUCCAUCCAGGGAAUCCAAAACUCAAGAAACAGCUUGGUCAAGGGAAGAAGAAUGAUGAAGUAUCUAGUCUGGAUGCCUUCUUGGAUUUGAUCCGAAACUUGUUCCCUGAAAAUUUGGUUCAAGCAUGCUUUCAGCAGAUCCAAACUGUCACCAAGAAAGUGCUGGUGCCACUACCUGUUGAAGAGCCACCUAAUGUCACUGAUUCUGCUAUUGCUAUGGUAAAUGAGACAGCCCCGCCUGAAGCCCAAAUGGUCAUUAAGAAGGGGCUUGAAUUCAAGGAUGGCAUGAAUGUCCUGGGUUUGAUAGGAUUCUUUAUUGCUUUUGGCAUUGCUAUGGGGAAAAUGGGAGAACAGGCCAAGAUGAUGGUGGAUUUCUUCAACAUCCUGAAUGAGAUUGUAAUGAAGUUAGUAACCAUGAUCAUGUGGUAUUCCCCGUUGGGUAUUGCUUGCCUCAUCUGUGGAAAAAUCAUUGCAAUCAAGGACUUAGAAGUAGUUGCUAGACAACUUGGCAUGUACAUGGUCACUGUGAUUGUGGGUCUUGUCAUCCAUGGAGGGAUCUUCUUGCCUCUGCUCUACUUUGUGAUAACAAGGAAAAGCCCAUUUUCAUUCCUCGCUGGGAUUUUCCAGGCAUGGAUCACAGCACUAGGCACAGCUUCCAGUGCUGGAACAUUACCCGUCACAUUCCGGUGCCUUGAAGAAAAUCUGGGCAUUGAUAAGCGUGUAACAAGGUUCGUUCUUCCUGUUGGAGCAACUAUUAACAUGGAUGGAACUGCCCUUUAUGAAGCUGUGGCUGCCAUCUUCAUAGCACAGAUGAAUGGAAUUGACCUGGAUGGAGGCCAGAUAGUUACUGUGAGUUUGACUGCCACCCUUGCAAGUGUCGGAGCUGCCAGCAUUCCUAGCGCAGGACUUGUCACUAUGCUGCUGAUCCUGACUGCAGUGGGUCUCCCUACCCAGGACAUCAGUUUGCUUGUUGCUGUUGACUGGCUUUUGGACCGGAUGAGAACGUCAGUCAAUGUAGUGGGGGAUUCUUUUGGUGCUGGCAUUGUCUACCACCUUUCCAAGGCAGAACUUGACACCAUUGAUUCCCAUCAUAAAGGGCAUGAAGACAUUGAAAUGACCAAGACUCAGUCAAUCUAUGACGACAUGAAAAAUCAUAGGGAAAACAACUCAAACCAAUGUGUUUUUGCAGCUCACAACUCAGUCAUGGUAGAUGAGUGCAAGGUAACACUGGCAACCAAUGGCAAAUCUGCAGACUUCAAUGUUGUUGAGGAAGAGCCUUGGAAACGUGAAAACUAAGUGAAGAAGUUCCUAGCUGCAUCCUUAAUAAGUCCUGAAGCUAUCUUGUGGCAGAAGAUACCAUGAUUAAAGAAGAUUUCUCUUUUCUUUUUUUUUUUUUUUUCUAUUUAACAUCUACAGUUUCUGCUUAAUUUUGUAACUGAAACGUAGCAAAGAUCUCAUCAAGUCAUUGUAGUGUCUUUGCCAAGCAAUGAUCCAUAGCCAUCUGUCUCCCUUGUGUUACUGUCUGGAUGAUGCACCUGGAGAAUGCUCCAUGCAGUGCGAUGCGCUCUCACCCACUUCCCCUUUCAUUCAAGACACAGAGAAUGUAAAUGCUGCAAAAUGGGAAGAUCAAAGUGCCAGUACAGUUCACUACAGGGACUCAGGGUCACAGAUACAAGAGAAACAUACCACCACGUAAGCCUUCAAGUGUUUUGGUGACUCUUGUGGCAUACCUGAUCUGUUUAUCACUGUAUGGCUAAAAUACCUUUUGAAAACAUCCAUAAAGAUUUCUGUUUGUUUUGAUAAUAACAAGCACUGUACUUUUGUGCCUAGCUGUACUUUAAAUUGAGCUUAGAUCCAGGGGCAGGAUUAAUGCAUAGAAGUCAAUAAAUUAUCCCAGACAUUUUGUUAGAUCAGUACAACUAAAAUUUAGCAUCAAGAGAAGACCUUAGAUUUCUAUGUGCAUGCAGUGUGUUUUUAUCAGAUGUCCCAGGGCAGGUGCAGCCUUUAUUUUGUGCUAGGGCUGUGCUGCUUUGUGACCACAAUAUGCACAAUACAAUACAAGGCAGUAUAAUAACAGGGAUGGUAGUUCCUUCACUAAAUCUAUGGCUGAUGAGCAAAAUACAGAAAACCAUGGGCUCAGUUGUGCCAUUUUUAAUCAAAGUAGGUGGUACAUUACUAUCCACUCUGCUCCACUGAUGUCAGAGGGGUUUAUCACAUGAAUGGGAUACUCAAGUAAGGUACUGCCAAGAUUGAUUAUGGAUGUCAUGACUGAGUACUUAAUAAUUAGCUGCAGACAAGUUCUGAACCCAUUAUUCUCACAGAAUUUUUGAAUGUGAUCAUCAGUUGCAUUUGUUAUGAAGUGAAAGCCAUCUUUCAAGUAUGUAAUGUUUCAGAGAGUGGCUAAAUCCUGAAUUCAUUGCUAAACCAAAUUCCUUAUAAGGUUAAGAGAAUUUCUCCAGGGUUAGGACUGAAUAAAAAUGAAAACAGAAUUUCAGGAUUUAGGUCAGUAUGUUGAAUUUACAUCUCUGUCUCUUUUGCAGAGUAAUAAGUAUACAACUCCGUAAUGUCAGAGAAAUGUUUCUUUGAGCACAUGUGUCUGACUCAACCUGU